GAAUAAAAAUAAAUGUAAGCACGGUGCACGGUUGCCAGCGCCCGCGCGCGCGGGCAUGCAGUGUACUACACGCGCCAAGGCGUAAGUCACUAAUUGAAAUUGGCAUGGGUAUGGCGUAAUUUGUUGGUCUCUCGAUACAAGAGAAAAUAACAUUCUUUUUUAAUUUGUUUUUAUGGACAAUUUACAGGAGCUUGAAGCUCCGAAGUGGAACACUCACACUAAAUAUCCAAGCGAGGUUAGCUAACUCGGAACCAGACGUAACCAGCGGCCUGGGCUGUGGCUGCAGCAGCAGACCUUGGAAUGAGAAGUCCGGGAGCGGCGCGGCGAGCUGUCCGCCCAGCGCCCGAGGCCGAGCAGUGCCUGUGCAUGCAGUGAGUUCUGCUCCAUCCUACCGGUACCGGUACUUCAUUCGUGGACGCGACGUGGCUGAUCCCGGCAACGCGACGUCAUCAUGGCCAAGGCCAAGCAUUUAGUGUGUGCUAUGUCUGGAGGUGUAGAUAGCAGUGUAGCUGCUUGGAUCCUGAAAAGCAAAGGGUUCAGAGUGACAGGUUUAUUCAUGCGUAACUGGGAUGUGUUGGAUGAGACCGGGAUGUGUACAGCAGACAGAGAUUGUGAGGACGCCCAAAAUGCUUGUGACAUUCUUCAGAUUCCCUUCCAUCAGGUCAAUUUUGUUCAGGAAUACUGGCAUGAUGUGUUUAGUGAUUUCUUAAAGCAAUACCAACAGGGCUUCACACCAAAUCCUGAUAUUUUGUGCAAUAAAUACAUCAAGUUUGACAAAUUUCUAGACCAUGCAAUGACGAAGUAUGAUGCCGAUGGAUUAGCAACGGGCCAUUAUGCUCAAACGAGUAUAGGAGAACAGUUUCUGUAUGACAAGAAUUCUGCUGCUAGAGGAGUGAAACUUUUGAAAGCGCUUGAUAGCUGGAAAGACCAGACUUUCUUCCUUUCACAAAUCACACAGAAAGCAUUAGGAAAAACUCUCUUCCCUUUGGGUCAUCUAACCAAGGACAUAGUAAAGCGCAUUGCUAAUGAAGUUGGACUGAAGAGGGCAGCACAAAGGAAAGAGAGUAUGGGGAUAUGCUUCAUUGGAAGAAGGCAUUUUCAAACUUUCAUUAAGGAGUAUCUUGAACCCAAACAAGGAACUUUUAUUUCUGUAGAGAAUGACACAGUAGUAGGUGAACACCAAGGUCAUUUCUUAUUCACUCUUGGUCAAGGAGCCAACAUUGGUGGCAUGAAGGAAAGAUGGUUUGUGGUAGACAAAGAUGCUGAAAAUAACACUAUCUUUGUGGCACCUAGUACCCGCCACCCUGCCUUGUUUCAUGAAACAUUUAUGACUGGACCAGUCCAUUGGAUCCACCAGGCACCAAGAGAAUUAAUAGAGGACCAGAUGAUGGAUUGUGAUUUCAGAUUCCAGCAUGUCCAUGGUCUCACAAAAUGUACUUUGACUUUAAGUUCCAUGGGCUCUGUUAUUGUUUCUCUCAGUAAACCAAUGAGGGCGCUAACACCAGGUCAGUUUGCUGUGUUCUACCAUGGUGAUGAAUGCCUAGGCAGUGCCGUCAUUAUGAAACGAGGACCAUCACUGUACGAGAUGAACUGGAAGAAAUACCAGAGUGGAGAAUGGAAAACAGAAUGGCUCAAUAGUUGACUAUGCUACGAAAUAGGGAACUUUAAUUAGUGAAGUGGAAGAAAUGUCAAUGUAAAAUGGGAACAGCAUCUUGUAACCGUUGUGAAUCAAGGAGCAUUAAUCUUAUCACCGGUUAAAGUGGAAUCAUCUUUUACCAAGGUAGAUAAUAACAACUGGCAUGAUGAUUCAGAGAGCAGUUAUUUUACAUUGUGACAUGGAAAGAGGAUCAUCACUUUGUGAGAGACUAUCAGUGGAAAAUCAGAAAUGGAAUUAACUUAAUACCAGUGAUACUGGGCCAGAAUGAAUAGUGAUUGUAAACAAAUAAAUACCAGAGUGCCUGUACAGUAUUCUUCUAUGUCCUCUGUGCAUGGUGUGUCUAUUCUAAUUAUAAGCAUGUUUCCUUGACCAAUACGAGAUGAAUCUAAAUGCCUAAAUCUAAUUAUUCAAUGUAAGAAUUGUGCUCCGGUUCAGCAAAUUUAUACUCUUACCAUGAUUAGUCACAGAGAGAAACACAUGAAUUUGGGCAAAGGUACUUCUGGUUCCUAUGACAAAUGAAAUUUGUGCCAAUGUAUAUUCAAGAAACAAGUCAGCUUUGCUGGAAAUUGAUAAGAAUGUGGAUGCAAAUCAGUAUGCCAUUGCACAUUGCCUUUAAUGUUUUGAAAGUAAUUUCAAAGGUUAAGAUACACUUAUUUCCUUCUCUCUCUAUUGCGCAUGAAGCCAGUAAAAAGCUUUGGUAAAGGUUCAAUCAGUAAUCCUCAUCACAUAACAUUCACUUGUACCAUCCCUCCAGCUCCUUUCUGAUAUCAUUUUUUCUCCAUUUCCAUAAAGUCUCCCUUUUGUCCCUCCAUUUCUCACUCCUCAAACCGAGGCAUUAUCAGCAUAUAGCAUUUCUCUCAUUAAAUCUUUUGCACUCUCCCAACCACAUUAGACAAAACUGCAAAUGUAUUUAGUCUUAUAAAGACAAUUACAUUUUUUUCUAAUGUGAUUGUGGAUUUGGUUUUUCACACACAUAAAAAGAGUACAUUUUAAAGGUUUUUAAAUAGAUAAACAUAAAUUUAGGCAUAGUUAUUUCUGUGGUUUUCAGAACUAGGUCAGUUUAUUUUCUGCUGUUAAUGGAAAGAAGGCGAGAGAUGAACUUGCCAAUUAUCUCAAUAGUCACUCACAAUCAUUGCUAUCAUUUUUGUCAGAACAAGGGUAUUCAAUACCAACUUCAUUCCAAAGAACAAGUCCGUGGUGUUUCAGACUGCACGGCUGUCACAAUCAAUCAAUGACAUAUUUUAUCUGGAAUACACGUAUCCUUUUAAUCCAACAUUCAACACAAAUUUGCUUUGAUUUAAUAAUGUGAUAUUUGUAGAUUUUUGUAAUUUGAGGGGGAAAAUGUAUAGCAGCUUUAAUAAGAAAAGAUAUACAAUGGACUCUGUAAACCAAAUAUGUGUACAGACCUUAUAAAUUAUUAUUUUGAUAACAUUUUAAUAAAAGUGAAUAGGAGA